AUGGGGACUGUACCCGACCCUCUGAGAGUGACUAAGGCCUCCAUGGUGGCAGCUUCUGGAAAGGAAGAGAGUCGAGGAGAGCUGCAGAGUAUCGCCCCACAACAGGCUCAGCCCGAGAAGAAUGCUAGUGGCCUUGGCAAUGCCCCUGCUGAACUCAGCCUCAGGCUCGGCGCAGCUGCUGGGGCCCUGAUGCAAGCUUGUGUGCAUGAGACCAGCCAGCAAGACAUGGCAGCCCCUGGUGUGCUGCAUGAGGUGGCACAAGUGUCUCCCACACACAACACUCCCGAGGACCCCCAGCCACAACGAAGCAAGGAGCUGGCAGCGCCAGGCCCGGAUCCAACUGCAGAAGAGGAACUUACAUCGGCACCGGUUUUAAUGGCAGCCGUUCAGCAUGCUCACCGUGCCAUCCGAGGUGACCUGCCAAAUCCUAGCACCUCUCUGGUACCUGAAGAUUCCUUGGUGAAGUCAAAGGCAAACUCAAACAGUGCAAAACCUGAGAUGUCAAGUUGUCCUACCAGGGUCACCUGUUGCAGCAGCAAAAAUCAAGUGCUCUGUGAUUUUCCUUCUCCAGAAAAUACGCAGGGAAUUGUACGGGCUUCAGAUCCUGCAAUGGGGGUUCACGCAUCCCCUUCCGCAGACAGACCUGAUGGGGAAGGGCAGAAAGGCAACAGUAGUAACAGCACAGUAGGGUCCAAUGAGCCUGUAGCAAGAGGAGGGUGCUCAGAGAAUGAACAGCCUUCUGCUACUGCCUCAGACACCACAGGUGAAGGGUCUGAAAAGCUUCCCCCAUCCCCCCUCACCAGCGGAGAUCCCACUUGUUCUCCAGAUGCAAAGAAGGCACCGCUGCUAGCACAGCAUCCGGUGUCAAGGUUCAAAGAAGCCGCUACUAUGACCUGCCAAGCUGAAAGGGAGACUAAGGAGGUCCCUGGAAGGGCUUGGCAAGAUGCUGAGGUGCAGGCAGUGGCAAGUGUGGAGAGCAGGUCUGUCUCUACCAGCCCCAGCAUCCUCUCUGCGUUCUUAAAGGAAAUUCCUGCUCCUGAGCCGGAGAACGGGCAAGAGCAGCUACGUGUAGUUUGCCAUGGUAAAGGCAGUGGAGGCCACUCGCUGGAACUCUCGAACAGCAUGGCAGACCCCCGGGGGUCAAGGCAGUGCAUUGGCAUUGUGCCACAGGUGCACAUCCAGCCAGCUGCUGCCACUCCUGCAGCUGUCCAGGGGGAAUGCAAACCGGAAAACAAACCAGGGGAAGCCUUUAAAUCCUCACUGAUGGCCUCCAGUCAAAAGCAGGAUACAGAGAAAGAUGGGCAGUCUUCAGCAAGCGAAGAGGCACCCUCCGGGCAGCCUACAGGUACUAAUCCUGGCUCCCAGAAAGCCAGCCCCAUUGACACGAUUUCCCCCUUUGCUGGAAGUCAAGCUGAGAUAAGUCAUGGGUUAGUGAAAACGACAAAUGACCACAAAACUGAGCCAGACUGCAAACUACCUGACUUGCGUGGAGGCGCCAGUAAAGAUGACCAGCUGGAGAGCUUGAAUCCCACUGAUAACAGAGGUGCAAAGGACGGGAAGUCUGCUUCUCCUCACAUUGUCAAAGAGCACACAGCUGGGACCACCUGCACCCUAGACGCCAAAACCCUGCUACUAAAUCCUAAACCUCAAGAAAAUGAAGGCACAGGACCAGAGGCCAACCUUGCACCCUCCCCAGGGCGGAAGAGCCAGCAGAACACCAUGGAAGAACACAGACAGACCAAGACAGCCACGAGUCUGAGCCUGCCAUCCGAUGGCACAGGCGACUCGAGCCCGGGCUCUGGCAAGAGGACCCCUUCUCGUUCGGUCAAGGCCAGCCCACGCAGGGCCAGCCGGGUGAGCGAGUUCCUGAAGGAGCUCAACGUGACGGCAGCUGCUGCCCAGGUGGGGCUCACACCUGGAGAAAAGAAGAAACAGAUGGGUGCAGACUCCAAGCUGCAUCUGAAACAGUCCAAGCGAGUCAGGGACGUAGUGUGGGAUGACCAAGGCAUGACCUGGGAAGUGUAUGGUGCUUCCUUGGACCCAGAGUCCCUGGGAAUUGCCAUCCAGAACCAUUUACAAAGACAAAUUAAGGAACAUGAGAAGCUAGUUAAAACACAAAGUGGCCAGAUUCGAGGAUCUAUUUCCUCAGAUUCUUCUUCAAAUAAGAAGCUCAAAGGGAGACAGCAGGGCGUUCUGCAGUCCAUGCUGCAAAACUUCCGGCGCCCCAACUGCUGUGUUCGCCCCGCCCCAUCUUCUGUGUUGGACUGA